UUCACUCGAGUCUGUAUUAUCACAUUCCGUAUCACAAAUUAAGGAUAUAGUUCGACGACGUUUAACAACAUUGAUGCUUCUUUGCGCGAACACAAAUCGCCCAUGGUUUCCGACUCUUGUUCUUCUCCAGAAAUGCAAGACCCUAAACGCCGUCAACCAAAUCCAUGCACGGAUGAUAACAACUGGCUCCAUAAACAACUGUUCUCUCUCCGCCAAAAUCGUCCUCGCCUUCGUCUCUUCCCCUCACCCGCCUCUCGCGGAAUUCGCCCGCUACGUCUUCUUUUCCCGGCACGCUUUUGGAAACGAAGACGACCCGUUUCUCUGGAACGCCGUUAUCAAGUCCUACUCUCAUGGGUGUGACCCAAAACAAGCUUUUGUUAUGUUUUGUAUGAUGCUUGAGAAUGGAGUUCGUGUUGAUAAGUUCUCGUUCUCUUUGAUUUUGAAAGCUUGCGGUCGGCUGGGUUUGGUGAAGGAGGGAUUGCAGAUUCAUGGGUUAUUGAAGAAGAUGGAAAUUGGGUCGGAUUUAUAUUUGCAGAAUGGUUUGGUUUCUUGGUAUUUACGUUGUGGGUGUGUUGAGUUUGCACGCCAAGUGUUCGAUGGUAUGCAGAAACGAGACUCGGUUUCGUAUAACUCGAUGAUUGAUGGGUAUGUUAAGUGUGGGAUGAUUGAUUUGGCACGAGAACUGUUUGAUUGUAUGCCAUUGGAGGAGAAGAAUUUGGUUACUUGGAAUUCGAUGAUUAGCGGGUAUGCGCAAAGCGAUCUUGAGUUUGCGUGGGAAUUGUUCGAGACAAUGCCGGAAAGAGACUCGGUUUCCUGGAAUACGAUGAUUAAUGGGUAUGUAAAACGUGGGAAAAUUGAAGAUGCACGUAGUUUGUUUAAUAGGAUGCCUAAGAGGGAUAUAGUCAGCUGGGCUAAUUUGAUUGAUGGCUAUUCAAAGUUAGGGAGGAUUCAUGUUGCUAGAAGUUUGUUCAAUGAGAUGCCGGAUAGAGACGUUGUUGCUUGUAAUGCCAUGAUGGCUGGCUAUGUUGGUAAUGGUUAUUUCAUGGAAGGGUUAGAAAUUUUUCGGCAUAUGCAAAAUGGAGAUGUGUCACCUGAUGUUACCACAUUGUUGAUUGCUCUUUCUGCAGUAGCUCAAUUAGGACACAUCGAAAAAGGUGUUGCUCUGCAUUUCUAUAUACAGGAAAAUGGGGUUCCUUUGGGUAGGAAACUUGGUGUUGCCCUUAUCGACAUGUACGCUAAAUGUGGGAGCAUAGACAAGGCUAUAGCGGUAUUUGAAGGCAUGGAAGAAAGAAGCGUCGAUCACUGGAACGCUAUGAUUGGUGGCUAUGCAAUCCACGGCUUGGGGGAAUUGGCUUUUUGUUUGCUUAUGGAAAUGGAGAGGCUUUCUGUGAAACCCGAUGAUAUCACAUUCAUCGGAGUGCUUAAUGCUUGUGGCCAUGCAGGUUUGGUCAAGGAAGGCCUCAUGUGUUUUGAGCUCAUGCGAAGAGUUCACAAGGUAGAGCCCAAACUGCAACAUUAUGGAUGCAUUGUUGAUAUGCUUGGCAGGGCGGGGCAUGUUGAAGAAGCCAGAAGGUUCAUUGAGGAAAUGCCUAUUGAACCAAAUGAUGUUGUUUGGAGGACUUUGCUCAGCGCGUGCAAGAGUCAUAAAAAGUUUGAUAUUGGAGAGCCAAUAGCGAAGAAUUUGAUUCAGAAGGAUUCUUGUAAUCCAAGUUUCUAUGUGCUUCUGUCCAAUAUGUAUGCUGGCCUCGGUAUGUGGGGUGAUGUUUUUAAAGUUAGGAUGAUGAUGAGAGAAAGAAACGUAACGAAACUUCCUGGUUGCAGUAGAAUUGAACUAGAGGGAGUUGUUCACGAGUUUAUGGUGCAAGAUAAGUCCCACCCUCAAAUUACAGAGAUUUAUUCCAUGUUGAAUGGAUUAUCGACGUACAACUCUGAGUCUGAGGUCAUUAAGGUUUGAUCAGGAAGUUGCCUUACAUUUUGUAAGUAAAAAUCUGAUGUAUAUUUCAUUUAUUCGUUUAUUUAUAGCAGGGACAUACUAUCAAGAUUUAGUUCCCCAUAGCUAUUUCAGUAAGAGUGGCAAUUUAAAUCAUGAUAUGACAACACAACUUAAA